AUGUACAAAGCGCGCGGGCAGUGCGGGCGUGCGGCGGCCAGACGACGCUCUCGAUCCACGGCACGAAGGAGGCGACGCGCGAGUAGACGGCGGGCGUCUCGGCGCGGGCGCAGCUCUUGCCGAAUGACGUCACGCCCACCACCGAGUACAUGCAGUACCUGCUGUUCAUCAGCACCUGCAACAACCACAAUCUGGGUGCGUGUGUGCGCGUGCGUGUGUCUACGCGUGCGUAUAUGCGUGUGCACAUAUGAGUGUGUUCACGCGCGCGCGUGUGUGAAUGAGACAGAGAAAGAGAGAAGGGGAGACAAAAAUCACACCAUCUCAAUUGAGAUGAGCUUGCUUCAGCUAGGGCGGGGCCCCGCUGACAGAGGUGUCUGGAUGGAGAUCGCCCUGGCAGGUGUCGUGCCCUCCGAAGGGGUCCCCGCCGGCGCACACCAUGUUGUCUAUGAUGCCCUGCGGCACAGACGGCCGGUACGCAGGGAAGAUGGCGGGGUCGAAGCUCACCAGCGGCAGGUUGAUCUUCUGCAGGGGCCACACACAGCAGUUUGA